UUCUCAUCGAAAAUCAUAACAAUUCAACUAUAGUCUUGAUUUUUUAUUAAUUUUUUAUUAAAAAUAUCCCUUGAUUCGUCUCAAAAAGGGUCAAAACCCAUAAAAAAUGCUUCGUAGAAUACUAAACAAAGCAGUGAGAUAUGAAAAAUUUACGCGAAAUUACUCAGAUACGCAAACGAAAAUCCGGAACAUCAAAGACGGACCAAAUUUACAAGAAUUUCUGGUUGCAGGACGAAACUUACCCAAAGUUGGUACCGAAGACGACUCUUAUUUGAGUUCUCUUGACUUUUACGGGAACAAUCGGAAAGUUUUCAUCGAGACCUACGGAUGUCAAAUGAAUGUGAGCGACACGGAAAUUGUCUGGUCCAUCCUCAAAAAGAACGGCUACGAUAAAACUGAGAAUAUACAAGAAGCUGAUGCCGCCUUGUUAAUGACUUGUGCAAUCCGCGAGGGAGCAGAAAUUAAAAUUUGGAACCGGCUGAAGCAUAUUUCCGCAAUGAAAGCCAAUCGAUCGAAAAGGAGACCGCGACUUCAAGUGGGAAUUUUGGGAUGCAUGGCAGAAAGGCUUAAGACGAAAGUUUUGGAGGAGGAAAAGUCGGUGGAUAUUGUUUGUGGUCCGGAUGCUUACAAAGAUCUACCACGAUUGCUGGCUUUGACACGGGAUGGAAAGAAUGCGGCGGUCAAUGUGCUGCUGUCGCUUGAUGAGACGUAUGCCGAUGUUACUCCUGUUCGACUGGAUGAGAAUUCGGUGUCAGCUUUUGUGUCAAUUAUGCGUGGUUGUGAUAACAUGUGCUCAUACUGCAUUGUUCCGUUCACAAGAGGAAGAGAAAGAUCACGUCCAAUACCCUCAAUUGAAGAAGAAGUACGAAAAUUAGCGGAAGAAGGCAUCAAAGAAAUUACUCUUUUGGGUCAGAAUGUCAACAGUUAUCGAGAUACACAGACGAAACCCUCUCAAAACGCCUCUCAAAUUGCAAAAGGCUUCCGAACUGUUUACAAAAACAAAGAAGGUGGUGCCCGAUUUGGAGAAUUACUCGCCAGAAUAGCCGAAGCCGUUCCCGAAGUUAGAAUAAGAUUCACUUCGCCUCACCCGAAAGAUUUCCCCGACGAAUUUCUCACAACAAUCAACAACUAUCCAAAUAUUUGCAAAAGUCUUCACCUCCCAGCGCAAAGUGGCAGUACAACAGUUUUGGAACGCAUGCGACGAGGCUACACCCGCGAAGCUUAUCUCGAAUUAAUUGACCACGUUCGCUCGAUUAUUCCAAAUGUUUCAUUGUCCAGCGAUUUUAUCUGCGGUUUUUGUGGCGAAACAGACGAAGAGUUCGAGGACACAAUUUCGCUCAUGGAAAAAGUGAAAUAUAACGUGGCGUUCUUGUUUCCGUACAGUAUGCGAGAAAAAACGACUGCUCAUCGACGAAUGCAGGACGAUGUCCCGGAAGAAGUUAAGAAACAACGAGUUAUUCGCAUGGUUGAUACUUUCAGAGCAGGAGCGUUGGAGCAAAAUCAAAAAUUAAUCGGCGGAACAGAACUGAUUCUCAUCGAAGGUGCCAGUAAACGUUCUGAAAAAGAAUUUCAAGGACGAACUGAUGGCAAUAUUAAAGUAAUUAUCCCGUCUCUUGAAUUAAAUGACACAAAAAGCAGUCAAAAGCGAAAAUUCAAACCCGGAGAUUAUGUUUCAGUGAAAAUAACGGAUGCCAAUUCACAAGUUUUGAAAGGAACUCCAAUAGAAAUUACAAGUAUCAAGGAAUUUUAUAGGAAUGAAAAAAUAAGCCAAGUCGCGUCUGUGUGAAAAAAAACCUUUUUAAGUACUGUAAAAUAGUUUUUAUUGAGAAAUAAAUAAUAUUUAAACUA